UGGUUGUGAACUAGGAAGGAACAUAACAAUCAUUGCAACUUACGGAGUAAAUUCCAACUCUUAUCAAGGGUGAGUAUAUUGCAAUCGCUAAAGAUGGCGGAGAAGAAAGUGGUCAUCGUAGGAGGUGGUGUUGCCGGUGCCACCCUAGCAAAAAAUAUACAAAAUCAAGCCAACGUUACCCUUAUUGAUCCGAAGGAAUAUUUUGAGAUUCCAUGGGCAAGUUUGAGGGGAUUGGUUGAGCCAUCUUUUGCUGAAAGGAUAGUGAUCAACCAUAGAGAGUACUUCAAAAAGGGUGACCUUGUUGUAUCUAGUGCAGUCAACAUAACUGAAACUGAAGUGUUUACUGCAGAUGGCCAGCAGAUUGCCUAUGACUAUCUUGUUAUUGCCACUGGCCACGCAGAACCUAUUCCCAAAACCAGAACUGAAAGACUUGAUCAAUACAAAGCAGAAAAUGCAAAAAUCAAAUCUGCAAGUUCAAUUUUGAUUGUUGGGGGAGGUCCAACUGGUGUUGAGCUUGCAGCAGAGAUAGCUGUUGAUUUUCCUGACAAAAAGGUGACUAUAGUGCAUAAAGGGGUAAGAUUGCUGGAAUACAUUGGGCAAAAAGCUUCAAGUAAGACUUUGAAGUGGCUGAAAUCAAAGAAGGUUGAUGUGAAACUAGAGCAAUCUGUCGAAGUGAGAUCCUCUUCGGAAGAAAAUAAGACAUAUGAAACUUCAAAUGGAGAGACUAUAGAAGCAGAUGCUCAUUUUCUAUGCAUAGGGAAACCAGUUGGUUCCGCAUGGCUUAGAGAAACACUUCUGAAGGAUGACUUGGAUGGUGAUGGAAGGAUCAAGGUCGAUGAGAACUUGAGAGUGAAGGGCAGGAGCAACAUUUUUGCAAUUGGAGAUAUUACAGAUGUUCAAGAAAUCAAACAAGGGGUGUAUGCAAGUGGUCAUGCUCAAUUGGUUGCCAAGAACCUAAAGUUAUUGAUAGAAGGAGGAGGCAAAGAGAACAAAUUGGGAACAUACAAGGCACAACCACCAAUCUCUAUAGUUUCAUUAGGGAGAAAAACUGCAGUAGCACAGUUCCCAUUCAUUACAGUGCUUGGAAGGCUUCCUGGCAUGAUCAAGUCUGGAGAUUUGUUUGUGGGGAAAACCAGAAAGGAUUUAGGACUUGAACCUAAUGUUAAAAAGUCUUAAUUUGGUUAAGUGAGUGGUGUAUAUAUACAUCUUCAACUCUUCUUUUCAUAGUCAUUGUUGUGUAUCUGUUGAUUCCAUGUGUUUAAUUAUUUCCAUAUUGUAUUCAAACUGAUUCCAAUGUAUCUGUAAUUUCCUGUUGAUUUUGAGGCCAGUGUUGUCUCUUGAGAAAUGGAAUUGAAGUCAAAGGGUGAAUGUACAAGUGUUACAGUGUAUUCAUUGCACUAA